AUGAAGUGUGUCCUGCUCGCCCUGGCCCUUGUGUGUGGCAUCCAGGCCACCACCAUCCCCCAGGCCAUGAAGAACCUGGACAUCUCCAAGAUGGCCGGGACCUGGCACACCGUGGCCAUGAUGACCACAGACACUGCCCUCCUGGCCUCCGAGACCACCCCCCUGCGUAUGUUUGUCAAGGAGCUGAGCAUCACCCCCAAGGGCCUGGAGAUCACCGUGAACCAGCGGAAGAACGGCCAGUGUGUGGAGAAGAAGAUUGUCGCGGAGAAAACCGACAUGGAGGCCAGGUUCAAGAUCCACUACCUGCAGCAGGACGAGAUGUUCGUGAUGGAUUUUGACAACCAGGACCACCUGAUCUUCUGCAUGGAGAAGACCAUGGACACCCAGAGCUUGACCUGCCAGUACCUGACCCGGACCCCGAGCCCCAACCAGGACAAGGUGAUGGAGAAGUUCAACAGCGUCCUCAAGGCUAAGUCUGUGCGCCCCACGAUGGUUCUGGACUUCACCCAGACGAUGAUGCCCUGCCGUGCCUAG